AUGUCUUCGUUCAGUGCAACUCCGCUGGCUCCUAAGCCCGCGACAUUUGAAUUUGUCGUUGGGCAACGUCCAGACCAGCUUAACGCCGGAUCCAACAAGAAGUUGCGAUCGCAUCUAUCCAAGAGAGGAUGGGAGGCCUACUUGGAGCAGAAGAACAAAGCAUCAGCGCCAGUCUCAGUCCUAGUGGAUGAAGCAGCUCAGCGAGCCGAUGAUGGGGCUAGGCGAAAGAAGCGCAGGCGUCAUCGGCAGGCCAUUACCUGGGACGUCGUAGAACCAGACGAUCCAAGAUUUCCAGGAACUGGAAAUGUCAGAGAGGCAAUGUUAGCCCUCGUCAACAGCGGAAGGCGCAUGCCUUUGGAGAAGACACUUUCAAUCGACUACAGACUUGGAGGUGGGCGCGUUGAUCCUUUCAAGUCGUAUCCCACACCAUUUCGGUCUUACAUACCUCCUUUGGUGGACCACUACAUUGUCCACAUGGCCGUCGACAUCCCUGAACUUGACCAACCCGGAAAUGCUGGUCUUCUUCGCAGUCGCUGGUUCCGCAUGGCCACGACGGAAAUCUCCACGUUCCAGGUCGUCUUGCUCCUCGCUGCGGGUAACUUUGUCAGCGUCAAAGGCGCCGUGCCCGCAGAGCAGGGGUUUAACCUACACCAGCUCAAAGGUGAUGCUAUCAAGUCUCUCAAGUAUGCCAUGGAUGACGAAGCCAAGGCCACAAGCGACUCCAUCAUUGGUGCGGUGGCCAAGAUGGCGAGCUUCGAGUCCAUGCACGGAACGGAGGCUGAUUUCAGGCUGCAUAUGGAGCAUACAAUUAGGCUGGUUAAUAUGAGAGGAGGGCUGAACAAUCUCGGUCUGGGGGGGCUCUUGCGAAGAAUGCUUAUUUGGAUUGACGUAAACGGCAACUUCCUGUAUAAAAAGCCACGAUACUGGCCCGGUGAGAAUUUUGAUGGAAGUAAAGAUUCGAUUUCGGAGCCCAACCCGGAGCGAUUCAUCGCCAUCUAAAGGUGUAUGGACUGCUUCAAGUCUUGUUUUUUUAUUCAUUUAAUGUUUUGUUCUUUUUUUGUGUUCUAUUCCACUUUCUUGUUUGGGGAUUUGGAUAUUCUUCCCUUUUUUUCUUUGGAAAGCACUCUGGCUCAAGCCC